AAAGAAAGGUAGAAAAUUAAAAGAAAAGAGCAGCAAGUAAACGCUGCAAGAAAGAGAGGAACUUUGCAUUCGUUCACUUCUCCGUUCCUGGGGAGGGUUUUUGUUCCUCAUUUCUCUCUAUCUAUUCUAACAAAAAGGGAUUAAUUGCAGAGCUUUGUUUCGUUUUUCCCGAUCGAAAUAAUCCGGGUGUGCAGUAAUGGCGACUGAAAACGUGAAUAAUGAAGUUAGUGUGGGAGAAAUUGAGGAGUUAGAGACUUCAAAUGGCAUUGAGAAAUUAGAGAUUUCGAAUGGCAAUGAUGAGGUCUCUGAAAAUUCUUCAUCAAUGCAAAAAGAUGAAGAUGGGGGAAUAGAAGUUGCAAAGAAGAAAAAGAAGAAAAAUAAAAGCAAGAAAAAGAAGGAGCCACUGAAGCAGACUGAUCCACCGUCUAUUCCUGUUGUUGAGCUUUUCCCAUCUAGGGAGUUUCCAGACGGUGAAAUUCAACAGUACAAAGAUGAUAAUUUGUGGAGGACUACCUCUGAGGAGAAGAGAGAAUUGGAGCGCCUUGAAAAGCCAAAAUAUACUGCUGUCCGCCAAGCAGCUGAAGUCCAUCGUCAGGUUCGGAAAUAUAUCAAAAGCAUUUUGAAACCUGGCCUGUUAAUGACUGACCUGUGUGAGACCUUGGAGAACACAGUUCGCAAGCUAAUUUCAGAGAAUGGUUUGCAAGCAGGGAUUGCAUUUCCUACUGGAUGCUCUCUCAACUGGGUUGCUGCUCACUGGACUCCCAAUUCUGGAGAUAAGACUGUGCUUCAGUAUGAUGAUGUGAUGAAGUUGGAUUUUGGAACUCAUAUUGAUGGAUAUAUAGUUGAUUGUGCCUUCACAGUGGCAUUUAAUCCUAUGUAUGAUCCGCUUCUUGAAGCUUCCCGUGAAGCAACCAAUACAGGCAUCAAGGAAUCUGGUAUUGAUGUCCGUCUUUGUGAUGUUGGUGCUGCAAUUCAAGAGGUGAUGGAAUCAUAUGAGGUUGAAAUAAAUGGGAAGGUGUUUCAAGUCAAAAGUAUCCGAAACUUGAAUGGACACAGCAUUGGGCCCUAUCAGAUACAUGCUGGAAAAUCAGUUCCUAUUGUGAAAGGAGGGGAGCAAACAAAAAUGGAAGAGGGUGAAUUUUUUGCCAUUGAAACCUUUGCUUCUACAGGGAAAGGGUAUGUUAGAGAAGAUUUAGAGUGCAGCCAUUAUAUGAAAAAUUUUGAUGUUGGACACAUUCCUCUGAGGUUGCCUAGAGCUAAGCAGCUGUUAGCUACAAUAAACAAGAACUUUUCUACAUUGGCCUUCUGUAGACGGUAUUUAGAUCGCUUGGGAGAGACCAAAUAUCUGAUGGCACUGAAAAAUUUAUGUGAUGCUGGCAUUGUUCAGCCGUAUCCUCCUCUGUGUGAUGUUAAGGGUAGCUAUGUCUCUCAGUUUGAACAUACCAUCUUACUGCGGCCAACCUGCAAAGAAGUUAUAUCUAGAGGUGAUGACUAUUAAGGGGAAAAAGCAAAAGGUUUUGUCAGUAAUCAUCUCCUUGCAUAUUUCUUUCCGUUGGGUAUGAGUUAGUGGAAGCUUUAACUGUGUACUACAAUUUACUGUAAUUUUAGCAACUCUACUUUUGUGUUUUGAAGCCCCGAAGUAGUGGAUUCUAUGUUUGGCA